UCAAUUUCUCUGUUAUAAUCAAGCAUGGAACUAUCUUCUUUUGAGCUUGAAUUGAUACUGACUCUAGUGCAUAAAUAUAAGCUACUGUCAUCCUCACUAAUAUAGUCAACCCUGUUAGAAGAGCAAGUAUAUAUAUCUGAGUUAAGCUCUUUGCAAAUAUGAACAAGAAAUAAGUUAAUGUAGAGAGUAAUGCUGCUAUGAUAAUGCUUGGCUUUCUUCCAAUUAUAUCUGGAAGGGGUAGUAAAAAUACAGAGCUAAUGGAAUAUCCUAGAAAAGCAGCCAUGCCUAUCAUUGCAAUUUUAUAACCUUCAAUUCAGACAAGAUCAAGCUCUGUGACAAGAUUAAUUAUAGUAUAUUCAGAUUCCCUGUUGAUUCUACUGAUCGCACCAACUAUGCAUGCUUCUUCUUGAUUACAGUCUGUCCAUUGCUUGCCACCCUCUAAUCAUUGCAUUUGUGGUCGGAUCCCAAAGAAGGGGAUCCCAAGUACAAACAUAGAAACUCCUGAGAAUAAGAUCACAAAGCAUGGAAGAGAGGCUAUCUGGGUAUAUGUCAGCCUUGUUUCCUCCUCUUGGGUGGUUUCUUGUAUAAUUUCUACUUCCUCCAUAAUUUAA